CUACUUGGAUCCGGACCGGGAGAUGAUCAUGGUGCUUGAUCUAGAGCCAGAAGAUCAGAUACAAGAAUCAAAAUGUGUCGAGCCACCUUCAACACAGGAGGCGUUCCAAAACGGCGGAGGCGAGAGCAAGGACACGGAGAGCGAAGACUUCUGCGCCGUGUGUCUGAACGGAGGAGAUCUGUUGUGCUGUGAUCUUUGUCCCAAAGUUUACCACUUGGCCUGUCACCUUCCUUCACUGCUUACCUUCCCAACGGGUGACUGGACAUGUACACUGUGCAGGACUGACCACGACCCAGCUGAGAACUUCCGCCGCGAGGGAGUCAACGUUCCCUAUGCUCUGUCUCACCGUGACCAGAGGAGAUGUGAGAAGUUGACAUUACUGCUGUACGUUCACCCGCUAAGCGCUCCUUUCCAUGAGCCCGUCAGUCGCCUGGCGAGGAACUACUACCAGGUCAUUAAGAGGCCCGUGGACCUGUCGCUGAUCCGCAGGAAGCUGGACAAGACUAACACCCUGCACUACUUCAUGCCAGAACUCUUUGUCCACGACGUCCUGCUCAUGCUCAAGAACUGUGCUACCUUUAACUAUCCCGACUCGGAGGUGGCCCGGGCCGGUCGGAACCUGGAGGUGUUUUUCCUGAGCAAACUGAGGGAGAUUUUCCCCGACAGGACCUUCCCGUCGGCCAACCAGGACAGGAUGGAGCGAGCUCGCCUGCGGUGGCGCCGUGAGGAAGAGGAGGGAGGAGGAAGGAGGAAGAGACAUGACUCGUAAAGUAAUAAGCACUACUAUAUCGUACGCGUCUUAUGCAGUUAUCAUAAAGCAUCUUGAUUAAUCCUAUCGUAGCAUAUUGUAAGUUAGCACAAUGCGUCUUAGCGUCGUGUAGCAUAACAGAAUGUAAAAUAUGUUGAGUAAUGUACUGUAAGUAAGCACCGUAUGUCUUUAUCGUAGCGCAGGUUAGCAUAUACGUUCAAUUAGCGAUUUAUUGUACUGUAUCGUGUCAUCAUUCAUUUAAAAUGUGUUGUAACAUUUUAGCAUAUUUCUCUGUUAACUGUAUGCUAUGUUAUUGUAAUGUUUCGUAUCAUAUUUUACUUUGGCGUCACAUAGCAUUCCAAAAACGAGCAGUAGGCUUCUUGGCGUAGCUGGUAACGAAGUGUUUGGACUUGUUUUGCAGCUGUUGAACCAAGGUGGCAAUAGUUUGAGCAAAAGUCCCCUGCCAGUAAAUAAGUUCUUUAAAACGAUAUAUUGAGUAUCAUUAUUUUGUGUGUUUCUUUUCUAAACUCUCUGAUCGCAUAAAACCUACUUAUAGCAUAAGGUAUGAUACUGUCAAUUUGCUAUGUAUCAAAUCAUAACAUUGUAACUUAAAUAUCUUAGCACACUGUAUUGUACUUUAAUUUGCCAGAACAUAACAUUUUUGUAAUUUUCCAAAAAUGUAAAAUAGAAACACACGCACGACUGUGCCAAAGCACAAAAUAUUAUAAUGCAUCGCAACCUGGCAAACUAAAAUGGUCCCAAACGUUGCUUUUCCAGUUUUUCUUUCAACCGCUUAAUUUUCUUUCCUCCCUUUGGUCGCUUUUCAAACAAUUUACUUGGACGUAAGAUCAUUUGUCACAAAAAAAGA